GGUGAAUGUGCAGUCUAGAAGGGACCAGAGGAACCGCCUCCCGUUUCCACGUGGGCCUGCCAUCCAUCGGUCGUAUUUCCUGAGCGUUCACCGUGAGCAGGACGCCGUACUAAGCGUUUGGGAGGCACCCUGCCCGUGGACUCGCCGCCCCACCGUGCUAUGAACAGUCCCAGUGUCCUCUUCUCCCCGAGGGUUUGCAAAUGAAAAUGGAGGAAAUGUCUUUGUCUGGCCUGGAUAACAGCAAGCUGGAGGCCUUUGCUCACGAGAUCUUCACGGACUUGGUGGAGGAUGCCUGCCUGGGGCUCUGCUUCGAGGUUCACCGGGCGGUCAAGUGCGGCUACUUCUUCCUGGACGACACGGACCCCGACAGCAUGAAGGACUUCGAAAUUGUGGACCAGCCCGGGGUGGACAUCUUCGGGCAGGUGUACAACCAGUGGAAGAACAAGGAGUGCGUCUGCCCCAACUGCAGCCGCAGCAUCGCGGCUUCCCGCUUCGCCCCCCACCUGGAGAAAUGCCUGGGCAUGGGCCGCAACAGCAGCCGUAUCGCCAAUCGCCGGAUCGCCAGCAGCAACAACAUGAACAAGUCCGAGAGCGACCAAGAGGACAACGACGACAUCAAUGAUAACGACUGGUCGUACGGUUCGGAGAAGAAAGCCAAGAAGAGAAAAUCAGACAAGAACCCUAACUCACCUCGCCGUUCCAAAUCUCUCAAACACAAAAACGGGGAGCUCAGCAGCAACUCUGACCCCUUCAAGACCCCGUGCUCUGCCCUGCAGUACAGCAGCUCGGCCGGGAUCAACUACGAGUCUCUGGGCCCCGAGGAGCUGCGCUCUCUGCUUACCACCCCCCUCCUCACCUCUGCGUCCCUCUGGCAGCAAUGCGGGGUGAUCUCCGAACACACUAAGAAGAUGUGCACGAGGUCCCUGCGCUGCCCCCAGCAUACGGACGAGCAGCGGCGGGCGGUCAGAGUCUACCAGCUGGGCUCCUCCGCCUCGCUGCCCGAGGUGGAAGGCUCGGCGGAGAACAGCUUCGACGGGGCCGAGGGCCAGGCCCUGAUGAGCCGGCUGCAGUGGGACGGGCCCGCGGACCUCUCCCCCCCGGACUCCGCCUCCUCCAAGACCAGCACCAACAAUUCCGAGUCGCGCAAGAGCAAGAAGAAGAAGCCGCCCCUGAGCUUGGCGGGCCCGGGCCCCGGCCUGGGCUCCAGCAAAAAGAAGAAGCCCAAGCCGCCCGCGCCCCUGGCGCCCCCCACGCCCGGUAUCUACGACGACGUCAACUGAGCUGCGGCAUCUCCCCGGGCGCCCCGACGGCGCCCCCCAAGCGAGGGGGAGGCCCGGCGGGGCCACGGGCCGCGGGAGGCCCCGGGGCUCGGACGCGCCCCCGGCCGACGCCCCCGCGGCCGGGCGACGGCGCCCAAGGAGACGGAGGCCGGCCCCGGACGCGCGGCCCCGCGUGGACCCGGGCCGGGCCGCCUCCGGGCGAUUCCGCUCGGGGCCGGCCGGGAAGCCCCGUUGUGGGGGUGGCCCCGGCUGGAAGCUCCGCGUGUGGACGUGGGGACGGCGAUCCGGCGGUAGAGGCGGGAGGGCGGCUCCGGCCCCGCCCGGCCUCCCUCCGGUGCCCCGCGGCCCCGGUCCCCCCCGGCUCCACCCUCUCCUCCUCCUCCUCUUCCCCGGCCCCGCGGGAAGCCGGGGGUCUUCGCGUCCGGCCCGCGGCGGGCUGCCGGACGGAGGGGCCGGGCCGGGGCUCCGACUUGGCCGACGACCCGACUCGGUCAGUGACCCGGGGCUGGGGUUGAAGGUGGGAGGGGGCGGGGGGUGCACCCUAGCUGGCACGGUGCUGCUUCGUUUUUUGUUUUUUACCUCAUCCCCCUCCUGGGGAAAGGGCUCGCUCGCUCCCAGGGUGGCUCCAGCUCCCCGCCCCCCACCCUGGACUCCCGCGGGUCCCAUAGUGGGGUGCGGCUGCCGCCUGCCCCCCUGCCUCCCCGGCCCCCCUCCCCUCCCCGCCGGCUGGCCGUCGCUCUGGCUGUUCUCACGUUAUUUAUUAUUCUGGUCUGGCGGCCGGGGGCCCCAGGCUGGGAGGCCCGGGCCCGCUGUGAUCCAGGUGGCCUCGGCCUCCUCUGCCCCGCUGGGUGGGGGUGUGGGGGCCGGGGAGGGCUCUCUCCUGUUUCCACGUGGCCUGGGCCGGGCGGAGGGGUGGUCCCAAACCGGCGCCCCUUUCCCAGAGUCCCCGCGGGGGCUGAACUCCAACGGGCCGGGUCCCGGGGAGAGGGAGGAGAGGCCAUGUGGACGUCCGCUCGGACCGCAGAACGAGCUUUUAACCUCCGACCGUGGCUGGGGGAAGGCGGGGGAUCCCUCCCCUCCCCCCCGCGUCCCGGCCUCUGCCGGAUUGGGGUGCCCGGGGGCCGCCUGCCCGCCCUGCCCUCGCCGGGCCCGGUCCGGCCGCUUCCGGUCCAAAAGGCCAGUUGGGAACCCGGCCUCCCUCCGCCACCCCACUCCCCCCACAGGCUCCAGGAGCAGAAAGGGCGAGGGCUCGGCCUGUCCGUUCCCCUUGACGGCCCUCGGGCUUCCCCUGAGGCCGGGGGUUGGGGGCAGGCGGGGCCCACCUCCACACGUCGCUCCCAGCCCCUACCCCCAGCUAGGUGUGCUGUUUCACCUUGUCCGACCUUGACGUGUCUGAGCCAAAGGGGGUGGGGGGGGGGGGAGGGUCGUGU